AUGCCUGUCCACUAUCUAAUUCUGCUCUCCCGACAGGGCAAAGUGCGCCUCGCAAAGUGGUUCACCACUCUCUCUCCCAAGGAGAAGGCCAAGAUCAUCAAAGAUGUGACUCAACUUGUGUUAUCCCGCCGGACGCGGAUGUGCAACUUCCUCGAAUACAAAGACUCAAAAGUCGUUUACCGCCGUUAUGCCUCCCUAUUCUUCAUCGCGGGCUGUGCCUCAACCGACAACGAACUGAUCACCCUGGAAGUGGUGCACCGAUACGUGGAGCAGAUGGACAAAUACUAUGGCAACGUCUGCGAGCUGGACAUUAUCUUCAACUUCCAAAAGGCAUACUUCAUUCUGGAUGAAUUAUUGAUAGCGGGGGAAAUGCAAGAGACCAGCAAGAAGAAUGUUCUUCGCUGUAUCAGCCAGCAAGACAGUCUGGAAGACAUGGAGGUUGAGGAAGAUGUGGUUACCAAGAUCAUGUAG